AUGACCCGCACCAACAAGUCCCCACACGGAGGAGCAUCAUCCAGCAUGUCACCACUAUCAUCAUCCAGUGGCAAUAUCUUGUCGGAGACACUCCGUGAGAUCACCACGACCAAACUCGAAGAGCUGUCCAAGCGGCGUACCGAGUUCGUCGACAGGAAGACGGACAUCGUUGCUAGGCUGCAUUCGGAGAAUGAUCGCAUCAAUCGGCUCACGAUCCUCUGUGAUGGCGUCAAGGCUUGUUUCGCCGUCAAGACGGACAAGACGGGCAAGGUAAUCCGGGGCCACACCAAAACGCCCGAUGUCGAGAUCGAGCUGAAAAAUCUUGAUUCUUUCCUGGCCCAGGCCCGCUAUGAUCCGUCCGUGUCGACAAAGACGUUUGAUGCCUGGGAGAAUUCAUUGCUUCGUCAUCUGGAGACACAGUCUUUGAGGUUUGAAUACGCCUCACUCUAUGCCCAGUUGGUAACAGAGUGGCUCUCCACUGAAGAGUUCGGAUCGCACGCUGGAAACUCAGAUGAGAGUGCCGAGUAUGUUCCUAGCAAGAGGAAACUCGAGUCGAGGCUAGAGUGGGAACGUAGCGUCUUCGAGCCCGCAAUUGUGGACGUCCAAAAGCUCGAAGAAUACCUGGCACAACUAUUUCAAGACGGAAAGGGACAGACCAAGCCAAAAGCAAAAGCGUCGAAGCAGCUCGCCGACGAGAUUGCUAGUUUUGAGAUGGAGAUGUCUUCGCCCAAUCAGUUCACUCCAUCCAGUCUGAACUGGGUCAUUCAGGGGCUUCUAGAUUCUGAACUGCUGUCAGACGAGAAGCGGGAGGUGCUUAAGAACUUCAAGACCAGCCAGGUGAUGUUGACUGAGGUUUCAGAUGUUCUCAACAUGAGGAUCACUGGCUUGGCUAAGUGGUCGUGGGGUGAGAGUGUUCCGGUAGAACAGCGGCGCAAGAUUAGCGGCGGAUACAACAUCCACAUGCACGAGGACCUUCUCCAGGCCAUUUUCCUUCAGCACAUCGGCGUGAAAUGGUCGGUUUUUCUGAAGGGGGCUUUCAGGCGCUUCAGAAAAUUGCCGGGCCCCUGGAUUGACGUGCGGAGUGAUGUUCCCAACAUCGAUAGGAAGAGACUUGGCUACUAUCUCGGACCCAUGGAGACCAAACCCAGCGUCCAACACACGAGACGGAGCAUGUACCGCAAGAAUUACUUCGUGGCUCAUCUACUGGACUCGGAGUGUCAAACCGUUGAGGCUCUAGAUGGAGAAGAAGAAGCUGAGAUAGUGGAAGCGUGUCAGGUCCAGACGAAUCAGAUACCAAGGAGGGCCAUGGCCGCCCAGCCUGCAAUGAACAGCUUUUCAUCCCGUUUUAUUUCAAGGGGAGGUGCCAAGAGAUACAGAAAAGUUCCGUCUGAUGCACACCCAGAAGAAUCCGAGUCAGACAUAGAGUCAGAUGAUUCAACGACGACCAAGAAGCCGAUGGAGGCGAAGCAGCGUCUGCUACACCUGCUCUCAGCCGAAAUUGCAAUCAACACCAGAAUCCACGGCGAGAUCACCGUAUUUCGGUCUGUGUUUGACAGUUGGAACUCGUUGCUGCCUCAUGCCACGCUUCGAACAGUCUUGUCGUUUCUAGGGGUGUCUGCCACGUGGCUGGAGUUUUUUGUCAAGUUUCUCGAGGCACCCCUGAGAUUUGUUGGUGAAGACGAAGAUGCAAACCCGGCGCGCACCCGUCGCCGUGGUGUCCCAGCUAAUCAUGCAUUGAGCGAAGUCUUUGGUGAGGUCGUCCUUUUCUGCCUGGACUUUUCCAUCAAUCAGUCCACCACUGGCAGCUUGCUGUACCGUCUCCACGACGAAUUCUGGUUCUGGUCCCCCAACCACAAAAUCGCGGUCACAGCUUGGAAGGCCAUCCAAGACUUUGCCACAGUAACGGGAACCGACUUGAACCCAUCCAAGACCGGAACAGUUCGCAUUUCUGGCGAUCCCAACGUCUCUCUAUCAAUUGAUGCCAGUCUUCCCAACGGCCCGAUUUGCUGGGGCUUCUUGCAGCUCUCACCCGAGUCUGGUCGCUUUGAGAUCAACCAAAAGAUGGUAGACUCUCAUAUCGAGGAACUUCGAAAGCAGUUGCACGGUAAACAGAAUAGCAUCUUCGCCUUCAUCCAAACUUGGAACACUUACGCUGCCACGUUCUUUGCGUCUAAUUUCGGCAAGCCGGCCAACUGUUUCGGGCGCAAUCAAGUCGACCAGAUGCUUGCCACGCACUCGCGGAUCCAGCGCGAGAUCUUCAAGGAGGGGUCCAACUUGCGUUCUCAUGCCGGUGGUAAUGCCAACAACGUCGUCGAGUAUAUUAAAUCCGUGCUGGGGCAGCGUUUCGGGGUCAGUAAUAUCCCCGACGCCUAUCUUUUCUUCCCCGUGGAGCUGGGUGGUCUUGACCUCCGAAGUCCCUUCAUCUCCACGCUGCAGAUCCGGGACAGCGUCAUCAGAGACCCCUCACAACUCCUGGACGCCUUUGAAGAGGCAGAGAUGGAGCGAUAUGGCCCCGCCAAGACGGCCUUUGAGAAGGGUGACACCAAAGAUGAACGAUACGCACUUGAGGAUCCGGACUGGGAGCCCGUGGAGCAGCAUGACAGGGACACGUUCAUGAGUUUUCAGGAGUUCACGCGCUGGCGCGAGGAGUUUCAGUUUGGCUUUGAUAACGAGCUGCACGAUGUUUAUCAGCAACUGCUGCAACAGCCGGAGGAGGAGAGCUUGGAGAUUUCCGACGGAAUCGCAAACGGCCUUUCGAGCUUGGGUCAGCAGAGCAAUGCAAGCGGGAUCCGGGAGAAUUGGGACAGCAUGGAGCCAUACUGGCGGUGGGUAACGAUGCUGUACGGGCCCGAAAUGAUAGAGCGGUUUGGUGGGUUGAAGAUUGUGGACGCAGGCCUGCUGCCUAUGGGCAUGAUGGGAAUUCGUAACUUGUCUCAAUCAAUCCUAAAAUCGGUAAACAGCAUCAAGAUGGCAGCUUCCCCCAAGAUCAAGCUCUACACCAACCACUUGUGCCCUUGGGCCCACCGAGUUCACAUCGCCCUCAGCGAGCUCCAAGUUCCCUUCGAGGAAGAAAUCAUCGACCUGACCGUUCCGCGCACGCAGGAGUACCUGCGAGUCAACCCGCGCGGCCUCGUGCCCUCGCUCGAGUACAGGGGCGAAAUCAUCACUGAGUCGGCCAUCGUUUCCACCUUCUUAGCCGACGUCUUUCCCUCCAGUCUUCUCCCCGCGUCGACGGAUCCCAAGGGGCCCCUCACUCGUGCCAGGAUCGGCUUCUUCGUUGACACCUACUUCUCCAAGCCCCAUGCUAGCUUCGUCAAGGUGUACUCGGCCAAGUCGGAUGAGGAGGUUAAUGCAUUUAUGAAGGAGUAUGUGAAUGUUAUUGCGAAGGAGGUCGAGCCGCUGCUGAAGGAUGCGGCGCCUUUCUUUGGGGGAAGUGAAAAGCUGACGUUGGCUGAGGUCUUGAUCGGGUCGUUCAUCAUCCGGCUCUACACAUUCCCUAAGCACGGCCUGCUGUCCCAGACUCUCCUGAGUGAUCUGGCUGAACAGGCUCCCAACUUCGACAAGUGGGCCAAGGUGGUCGCUCAGCAUCCGAGUGUUACUGGCAUCUACAAUGAGCAGGAAGUUGUGGAUACGACUAAGGCAAGACUCGCUAAGGCUAGAGCCUAG